AUGGCAGCAGUUACAGCAGACUGGAGAGGAGAGACUCUGGUGACAGAGACCCAGCUUGUGUCCCUACUGAUGGCGGUGUCUGCUCAGUGUAGUGAGAUGUGCCAGCACCAGCCACAGAUAGUGAAUGUAACCCUGAAAAAGUAUGGCUCAAAGCUGGAACACCAAGGAAUAAAAAUAGAAUUCAUUGGUCAGAUUGAACUCUAUUAUGACAGAGGCAAUCAUCAUGAAUUCACAUCUCUAGUCAAAGAACUAGCUCGUCCUGGUGAACUUAUGCAAAAUAUGUCCUAUGCUUUUGAGUUCCUUAACGUUGAAAAGCCUUUCGAGUCGUGCACUGGUUCAAAUGUACGACUUCGGUAUUUUUUGAGAGUUACUAUUGUGAGAAGGCUUUCAGACAUAAUUAAGGAAAUGGAUAUUGUUGUUCACACCUUAUGUUGCUACCCAGAAAUGAACAACAGCAUAAAAAUGGAAGUUGGCAUAGAAGACUGCUUACAUAUAGAAUUUGAGUACAAUAAAUCAAAGUAUCAUUUAAAAGACGUUAUAGUGGGAAAGAUAUACUUUUUGCUUGUGCGUAUAAAAAUCAAACACAUGGAGAUUGCAAUAAUCAAAAGGGAAACCACAGGAUCUGGACCAAACACAUUCACAGAAAAUGAAACUAUAGCAAAAUAUGAAAUAAUGGAUGGAGCUCCAGUCAGAGGAGAGAGCAUUCCAAUAAGAGUAUUUCUUGCCAGCUAUGAUCUUACUCCUACAAUGAGAGAUAUUAACAAAAAAUUUUCAGUGCGGUAUUAUUUGAAUCUCGUGCUUAUGGAUGAAGAAGAUCGCCGUUAUUUCAAGCAACAGGAAAUAACGUUAUGGCGAAAGGGUGAAAAAACUCAAAAAAAUCUUCAAACAUCCUCAAGGACAUCACCCCAACUGCCUCAUGCAAUUCCAGGAACUCAGGAACACACCUCCAACCAACCAAUUGAAGAUAUGAAACGAGAAGACAAAGACAAGGGUACAGUGUCAGGUGCUGAGAAUGAUUUGAGAAGGAAAGCGGCUGUUGAUGGUGACAAGGUUGAUGACUGACUGCACAAAAGCCAGAUUGUGUAAAGUACUAUGCAGAUAUGUUCACAUGCUCCCAUUCCUGAUGCACAUGGUCAUGUGAAAUAUGUAAUUGUGCUUAAGAACUUCGAGUAUUUACUACUGGGAGUGCUGUUCUCAUUACUCAGUGACUCUGUACAUAGCACACAUUUGUUGUAACUAUAUUCAGUGUGCAGUAUGUAUCAAUUUUGUCCUACAGAUACUGUUUUUUUCUUGUAUGAUGUAUUGCAUAUAUGUGCCAUUAUCUUCAGGAGAUGUGAAAUCUGUCUGUAUAGUCUUUUACAAAGCAGCUUUUAGUAAAAGAAUGUUGUUCUAUAAAUAUUUUGUUAUGUGAAAAGACAGCAAUCAAAUCAGUGCUGCUGUUGAAAUGUUAUAACUCAAAGUGGGAUUUAUACAUUCUGGAUAACAUUAUGAUUCAAUAUAUACGUAUUGAAUGACAUCAUGAUUCAAAAAGGAAAAAUUGAGCCUUUUAUGAAAGUAGUUUUUUUGAAGUGUUAUUUUAUACCAGUGUCUGGCACUACUUUCUUUUUGCAGUGUUGUUGAUGUGAUGAUGAUGUCCUUUAUGUGUGUUUAUGUAUUUUGGUAGUUUUUCUCUGUUUUAUUUGAAAGAGUUCUGUAUGUUUUAUUGAAAAUGUAUUGUUUUCAAUAUUUUGUUACUUUGUCUGUACUUUAUGCUUUCUCUCUCUUUCAUUCUAAAUAUGUUAUUUAUGCCCUGUAAUUGGUUGAGAACAUAAAUAAGAUGAAAUUGUAAAGUAAAUAAUGUUUUAGCUUGUCAUCAUUGCAGUUAAUACUCGUGGAAGAGUCAAGAAUAAUUAUAUUGUGUCUGUUGAUUUGCGGAGAAUGUUAGAACUUCAAGAUGUAAGUGGUGAAAGCAACAAUAUUUUAACAUGUUGCAGAAUGUUAAACUAUGUAGAGAGUUACUCAGAGAGAGCCUCAGAGUUAUAUUUUCAGUUUCCACUGUCUC